UCACAAAAACCUGCCCCACAUCCUACCCAACAACCCAAGAACGUCUCGAGCUUCCAUCACCAGAGAUCUGUCCGGAAUACUUCCGUUGGAUCCACGAGGAUCUUAGGCCAUGGGCCUACACAGGAAUUACUAGAGACAUGGUGGACAGGGCCCAAAAAACUGCAAAUUUCAAAUUGAUUAUAGUGAAUGGAAGGGCGUACAUGGAGAGAUACCACAGGGCAUUUCAACCAAGAGAUGUUUUCACGCUGUGGGGGAUCUUACAGUUGUUAAGGAAAUAUCCCGGAAAGGUGCCUGACUUGGAACUCAUGUUUGAUUGUGUGGACUGGCCUGUCAUCAAGUCAAGUGAUUAUGCUGGCCCCAAUGCUUCGGUACCACCUCCUUUGUUUCGAUAUUGUGCGGAUGAUGAGACACUGGAUAUUGUUUUCCCAGACUGGUCUUUUUGGGAAUGGGAAUCAAAGCAAGGAUACAAGCAAUCUGACUUGGCAAGCCAAUGCACCCACAGGUUCAAGAUCUACAUUGAAGGCUCUGCAUGGUCUGUUAGUGAAAAAUACAUUCUUGCUUGUGAUUCAGUGACCUUACUCAUAAAACUACGGUACUACGAUUUUUUCACUAGAGGUUUGAUGGCAAUGCACCAUUAUUGGUCUACUAAUGAUGUAGAUAAGUGCAGAUCGAUCAAGUAUGCAGUUGAUUGGGGCAACAACAAUACCCAAAAGGCACAUGCCAUUGGGAAGGCAGCCAGCGAAUUUAUUCACCGAGAGUUGAAGAUGGACUCUGUAUAUGGCUACAUGUUCCAUCUCUUGAAUGAGUAUGCCAAGCUCUUGAGAUUCAAGCCUGAGGUGCCUAAGAAUGCAGUUGAACUUUGCUCGGAGAGCAUGGCUUGUCCGGCCAAGGGAUUAGAGAAGAAAUUUAUGAUGGAAUCCUUAGUGAAGAGUCCUUCAGACACAAGCCCAUGUAGGAUGCCACCUCCUUAUGAUCCUGCAUCACUUCAUACAAUGCUCAGGACAUAGGAAGAUUUAGUAAAACGAGUAAAUGCAUGGGAGAAAAACUUUUGGGAAAAUCAACAAUAAGAAAACAAAUAGGGCUAAAGAGAGUAUUGAAUGCUUUAGUAGUUUGAUAUUAUGCAAAUGAAUGUUAAACAAGCAU